AUGGAUGUACGAGAACGCAGGAAGAAGCGCCAUCGGGACAACUUUGAACGCGCCCACCCGGAACUGAAGACCAUGUGGAAGGAUUUGGCUAAGAUUCCUAUAAUUAAGCCGGUACAGGCUCCGCAGCCCACCUCGAUUACUCGCAAGCUCAAGGCCUUCCAGUUGGAGGGGCUUGACUGGAUGAUCAAGCAAGAAAAGACACAGUACAAAGGUGGCCUGCUUGGUGACGAGAUGGGUAUGGGCAAGACUAUUCAAGCCGUCUCUCUUAUCAUGUCCGACUAUCCCCAGAAGGCGCCCUCGCUUGUACUGGUUCCUCCGGUGGCGCUGAUGCAAUGGGCGAACGAAAUUCGCGAGUAUACGGACGGCAAGCUUAAGGUCCUGGUCUAUCAUGGCACAAAUGCCAAGUCGAAGAACAUGACUGUGGCCGAACUGAAGAAAUUUGAUGUUAUCAUGAUUUCCUACAACAGUCUUGAGUCUCUCCAUCGGAAGGAGACAAAAGGCUGGAACAGAGGCAGCGAUUUGGUCAAAGAGCGCUCUGCAAUUCAUUCUAUCAUGUAUCACCGCCUCAUCCUCGACGAAGCUCAUAGCAUCAAGCAGCGCACGACGGGUGUAGCCAGAGCCUGCUUCGCUCUCAAAGGCACGUACAAAUGGUGUUUGUCCGGUACACCUGUGCAGAACCGCAUCGGCGAGUUUUUCUCUCUGCUUCGAUUCAUGGAAGUCCGCCCGUUUGCCGACUACUUCUGCAAGCAGUGCAGUUGCGCCCAGCUACAUUGGAAUUUGGAUAAGGACUUUAAGUGUUCGCAAUGUCGUCACGCUGGCGCGCAGCAUCUGUCCGUCUUCAACCAGGAGCUUCUCAACCCCAUCACAGGUCCCCAUCCGUCUCAGAGAGAGGCGGCUAUGGAGAAGCUCCAUAUGAUCACCGCUCGCAUCAUGUUGAGGCGCAUGAAGCGCGAUCACACAAACUCCAUGGAGCUCCCACCCAAGGAGAUUGUUAUUCACAACGAAUUCUUCGGUGAAGUCGAACGUGACUUCUCGUCUAGCAUCAUGAGCAACACUCACCGGAAGUUCGACACCUACGUGUCUCAGGGUGUCAUGCUCAACAACUACGCCAACAUCUUCGGUCUCAUCAUGCAAAUGCGGCAAGUUGCAGACCACCCUGACCUAAUCCUAAAGAAAAAUGCGGAAGGAGGCCAGAACGUGCUUGUCUGCAACAUUUGCGAUGAGCCGGCCGAAGAGGCAGUCCGGUCGCGCUGUCACCACGAGUUCUGCAGGAGAUGCGUCAAGGAUUACGUGCAAGCUUGUGAGGGCAACGGCGGCGACGCAGAUUGCCCUCGUUGCCAUAUCCCGCUCUCUAUUGACUUCGACCAACCGGACAUUGAGCAAGAUGAGGAGAUGGUCAAGAAGAACUCAAUCAUCAACCGCAUCAAGAUGGAGAACUGGACUUCUUCAACCAAGAUUGAGAUGCUGGUAUACGACUUGUACAAACUCCGCAGCAAAAAGCAAACCCUCAAGUCGAUUGUGUUCUCUCAGUUCACUUCGAUGCUGCAACUCAUUGAAUGGCGCCUUCGCCGUGCUGGAUUCAACACGGUCAUGCUUGACGGCAGCAUGAGCCCCGUCCAGCGUCAGAGGUCGAUCGAGUAUUUCAUGAAUAACGCCGACGUCGAGGUGUUCCUUGUCUCGCUCAAGGCUGGAGGUGUUGCCCUCAACCUGACUGAGGCUUCUCGAGUCUUUAUUGUUGACCCAUGGUGGAAUCCGGCUGCUGAAUGGCAGAGCGCGGAUCGAUGCCAUCGUAUCGGCCAGAGGCGUCCUUGCGUCAUCACGCGUCUCGUCAUCGAAGACUCUGUCGAGUCCCGCAUGGUCCAGUUGCAGGAGAAGAAAGCCGCCAUGAUCAACAGCACCGUCAACAAUGACAAGGUCGCCAUGGACAAGCUUACCCCCGAAGAUCUGCAGUUCCUAUUCCGUGGUACUUAG